AUGGCACACAAUCAAGAUAACAGACAAACGAGAAAACGCAGGAAGCCUUACCGCUCGUCUCGGCCAACUUCGAACUCCCACACAGCACCACCAGCACCACCAUCAUCUGCAUCGUCAAGCUACCCAACUCCGCAAACCCACCCACUUGAACUAGGUCUAUCAAACGAACCAAUCAUUGACAAUACAACCAAAAGCUCGGUUGAUGACACAAAAGUGAUACACUUUUUAUCAAAGCUAAAACCUCGUGGGUUUCAAACUGUCAGUGACGACCCAUCACAUAUCACAAUCAUUGUCAGCUCCUUUGAAAGGAGCUUGGUCGACAUUUCUACAGUCAAACAAGUCCUAACUGAAAAGUUUCAAAUCGACGAUGUGGUAACCACUGAAGGCCUACCAGGAACAAUUGACGUUUUAGUUACAGUGUAUGGACGAAUGCUUAACAUAGCUAAAGCCGUUGUUUUCCUCAUAUUUCAACUCAAUACUAAAGUUAAUAACUUACAAAAGGAUGUUUUCACAUUGAAAUCGUCUACUUACAAAGCCCAUUUAUUAUUGAAAAAUGGAGAAGAAGUCCAAGGGAUAAAGUACGUCGAUAUUGCUCAUUUGUUUAGCUAUGAAUUCAACAAGGGGGCCUAUGAUGUCUUUGUGCAGGGUGAUUUGACUUCGAUUUUUAACUUCAUUCUCCACUGCCUUGACAGGAAAUGGAAUCUAGAGACUAGUCUCAUCAGGUUGGAACCAAUGUUUGGUAUACAUUUGGACCAAGCAUUAAAGCUGACAUCAAGAGAAAAUAUAGAUAUCAAAAAUAGAGCUCGAAAUACCUUGCUACAAUACUUGUAUCCGGCACUGAGAUACGAGAAUAUACAAAGUUAA